CCAGAAAUGGCCGCACAAUUAAAUUUACUACAACCUUGAAGUUGACUAGGAAAGCUUGUUGGGUGUUAUAUGUUAUAAGAACGAUCGAGCCGCACUACAAAUCCAAGCGCUCUAGAAUCAACAAAUUGCAACUCGAUGAGAAUGUGAACAGCACAUACAAUGACGGCAAACAUGUUCUCACAGCUAACGCACGGUCCAAAGGAGGGCCGGAUACCGUCGGGAUUGCUCUCACCUGCCAUGAAAGGUCGUAGGCGUCGAUUCAGCAAUCGCCAAAGGCACGCCUUCAUUUUCGGCACAGUCCUGCUGAUCUUCGUCAUUUACUUCUUCUUGCAACAAGAUGUCUUAGCAGAUCUCGAAGUAGGCAAAGGCGUGCCACGCAAUGUUCCAAUAUUACCAAAGAAAUAUCCGAUCUCAACGGAAGAUAUGUACAAACAGAGCAAUUCGCAGUCACAGCUAGGCUCGCCUAGCGAUACCACACCUACUCCUGAAAAGCCGAUCAUACAGGUCGAGGAGUUUGAAGAGGAACCGAAAGAAAGCAAGACAGAAAGCAAGAAAGCACCCCUUCAUAGCUAUAAACCUAAGACAAAAGAAGAGCCACAUUUGGGCCUUCGGCCCGAGAGACCAACCCUCAAAGAUGACCUAGAGGCUAUUUUCGCUUUGCAGCCUGACGAGAUAAAUGAGCGCGAGUAUCUUAGGCCCAUUAAUGAAGGCGGCGCAGGGCGAAUGCGAGAGUUAGGUUUGCGAACACGAGUAUACGCUAAAUACCUGAGCGCAUGGGAAAAGCUACAUCUGGUUGAGGACGCGGAAACGGGCGAGACCUCCAUUCGGGACGACGUGAUCCAGUAUCUGCGCAGUAAGCAGGAAGGCGAGGACUCGAGCCUCGGCUUAUCCAUCACCGACACGAUCCACAAGUACGAGGCGUAUCGGGGCUUCCUUGCCAAACUUUCGCGUGUUCUGUUCCCCUUUACAAGCCCGUAUUUUGCCGACCAUAUGUCGCUACACGCUCAAUUCAAAAAUGCAGGAAGGGGUAUCGUGCUCACUGCGGGCGAUGGCCAGGCCAACUACCUUCUAACGACGAUAUAUACGUUUCGGAAGCUGGGCUGUGAUCUUCCCAUUGAGAUUAUGUAUCUCGGCGAUUCCGAUCUAGACGAAGACCACCGUUUCGAGCUCGAGGCUCUACCAGGGGUCACAACUCGUGACAUAUCACAGAUGGUGGACGAUGACGGAUGGGAACUGGCAGGCUGGGCUAUCAAGCCAUUUGCAAUGCUAAUGUCGAGCUUCCGUGAGGUCAUAUUCAUCGAUGCGGAUUCGUUCUUUCUCCGGAACCCAGCCGAGUUGUUCGAUGACUAUGACUAUAAACAGACAGGGGCUCUAUUCUUCCGCGACCGAACCAUUAUGCCUGAGUCGAAGAGAAAGUGGUUGCUGCAGGUCCUCCCGAGACCGAUUCAUAAGCUUGCGAAGGAAUCUAGCUGGUGGGUGGGCACGUCGGGACACUAUCAAGAGAGCGGUGUUGUCGUCAUUGACAAAUGGAAACAUUUUGUAUCGCUGUUGCUUAUCUGUCGCUUUAAUGGAAGCGACAGAGAUCCAAGCCCCGGCAAAAUGGGUGUUUAUGAGAUGAUGCAUGGCGACAAGGAGACAUUCUGGAUUGGUUUCUUACUCGCAGGUGACCCAUUAUUCGCCUUUCACAAGGGCGCAGUAGGGUCGAUAGGAGUAAUCGAGACUCCGAAUGCGACCAAAGCACACACUGACACGGGCAAAAAAGAGACCGCCACCAAGAUUGACACUGAUAUGGAAACUGAAACCGACGUGCCAUCGCCACCAAAGGAGAGUCCGGACACUGACCCCGAUGAGGAUGAGAAGGAACCGAAACAUCUCGAAACUCGAGGUCUCUCCACUCCAGACACAUACACGAUAUGCAGCCCCCAACUACUACACCUGGACCUCGACGGCAAGCCCCUAUGGUUCAAUGGCUGGAUCCUAGUAAAUAAGUACGCAGACCGGUCUAGACGGCAGUUCGCGCCCAUGGAGUCGUACCUGAAGGAGCCUCCUCGGUCUAAGCAUAUCGUCGCAGUCGAUAACGAUGACGAUAGCAGCGAAGACUUCUGGAAGCUCACGACGGACAACAUGUGCUGCCUGACGUCGGACGCCGAGUCCAAGGCCGACCUCACCGAGCAAGAGCUGUCGCUGCUGAAGAUGAUGAGGGACCGCGCGAUUGAAGUCGGAAUAAUGGAGUAAUUGAUUAAUAAAUUAACUAUAAAGAUGGUAUGAAAAAAACAGAACCUAAGGAAACAAGGCUUGUUUUGGGAUACCCAAUUACCUAAUAGUAGCGCUGAGUCGAAUUG